AAAGGAACAGAAGAGAUAAAUCGUUUAAACUAGACAUAUUACAGUUUCAUAACAUAAAAACUCGAGUGUUUUUUCUUAGAAUAGUUCUGUUCUACAGUUGUUGAUUUACUACAGCGCGAAAGUACUAGUCACGCACGGUACCAAAUAUGUAUGGAAAUAUCCAAGUUCAGUUGUAUUUACUCAACGAAAGAAUUUGUGGGAUAUUGAUUAAUGAUAUUUUAUCGUCCUUGUAUUCGCAAAAGGUAUUUAUGAAAUGUAAGAAUGGGACGGAAGAUAGACGAGGAAUUUCAGUCUGUUUUGUGCUGAGCGAAUUUAAUAUAUUAACGUGUCGUUGAGAAUCCUGCCACCUGUAAUGUAAAUCAGGUACUAUUUUGUUAAUGUGUAUAUGGUUAUGUCUCUUAUGGUUGAAUUAGAUUUUAACAUGCAGUGCCAUCUAUAUUAAGUUUUUCUGGCAGUACUGUAGUGACAGCACGUGCACAAUAAUAUAACCUUUUAAAUUCUUUUAAAUGUUAGGGCAGGUAGUUAUCACUAGUUUUCGUGGUUGCAAUAAUUUCAUGAAAUUAAUUGAAUAUGGGAAAAAAGGGUUACAAUUGGAAAGCACGGCGAGUGCCAGAAGUUGAGAUUGACGAUUCUUCUACAAAGAAGAUAUCACUUGAUAUUGAGCACCGCAAUGAGAGUUAUGAUAAUUGUAAUGCUUUGGUUUUACCCAAUGAAAAAAGGAAGACUAAAAACAAGGAUAAAAAAGUUACUGUAACUCGUUUACUAUCUAAGAAACGUAGGAAACAAUUAGAGAAAGUUGUUGAGCGAAAGGAAAAGAAGCUUCAGAGGGCAACGCUUUUGGAAGAACUUGCAAAGGUUCAAGUUCCUGCCGAUGAAUUAAAGCAGUAUGUGUCAUUGACGGCUGUACAGACAAAAGGUUUAAAGCGUCACUUUCGUGAAACUGAGGCCUAUAAGACAAACUUGGAUAUUGUGAAAGACGAUGAUGGUGAAAUUGUCGUAAAUGCUAUUAAAGGAAGUAAGAAACAGCGAUUGGCUCUGCUGUAUUCAGAUAAGAAAAAGGAUGCCAGUGUAGAUCCGAAUAUAGUAGGGUUAAAUGAGUCAAGUGAAAGCGAUGAUUCAGAGAGCAGUGAGGAUAUUGAGGACAUCGACAGUAAAAGCAAUGAUAGUAGCAAUAAGGAUGCCAACAUCAAUGAAGAUGGAGUUAAUAAAACUGACAAAGAAAAAAGUCCUGAAAUUGUGCAGAUUGGGAAAACAAAUAAUAACAAAAAUGAUAAUGGGCAAUCUUGUGAAAUUAUCAGGGAACCUCCGAAAGUCACUAAAGCUCCAGAAAAAUCUGUGAUUUUAAUCCAAGAUCGAAAACCUGCGGUGUUUGUACCACUGAAUCGUAAGUCUGAGAUUCAAGAAGCAAGAUUGAAGCUUCCUGUCUUAGCCGAAGAGCAAGGAAUUGUCGAAGCCAUUAACGAUAAUCCAGUAGUACUAAUUACUGGGGAAACAGGAAGCGGUAAAACAACCCAAGUACCACAAUUCCUCUAUGAAGCUGGUUAUGCCAAGAAUAAGAUGAUUGGUAUAACAGAGCCCAGAAGAGUAGCAGCCAUGUCCAUGAGUUGCCGCGUACGCGAAGAAAUGAAUUUAACAGCCAAAGAAGUAUCUUAUCUUAUUCGUUUUGAAGGAAAUGUCACACCAGAUACAAAAGUCAAGUUUAUGACCGAUGGUGUUCUUUUGAAGGAAAUACAGAGUGAUUUCUUACUAUCAAAGUAUUCUGUAAUUAUAUUGGAUGAAGCGCACGAACGCAGCGUCUAUACGGAUAUAUUAAUUGGGCUGCUGUCGCGUAUCGUACCAUUGCGUACAAAGAGGAAGGAUCCUUUAAAACUCAUAAUAAUGUCAGCUACACUACGUGUAGAAGAUUUUGUGGAAAAUCCAAAACUCUUUAAAAUUAAACCUCCAGUUAUAAAUGUGGAAUCACGCCAGUUCCCCGUAACAAUUCAUUUCAAUAGGAGGACCAGUCAGGAUUAUGUAAACGAGGCUUUACGUAAAGCUGUUAAGAUACACACUCAACUACCGGAAGGUGGCAUUCUCAUAUUCCUUACAGGUCAACGUGAAGUGAACUCGGUAGUUCGCAGAUUGCGAAAAGCAUUUCCUUACAGGAAUAGAAAAUGGAUUAAUGGAAAUAAAUCUGAUAAAAUUAAGGAAGAGAAACAGGAGAAGACUGAAGAAGAAGAAGAAGCAGUAGAGAAGGACACCGAAAAAGAUUCGGAUGAAGAGAUGGAGGCUAAAGAAGCACUGCGUUACCUAAAACAAAAAAGAAAAAAAGAACCUAUCCUAUUGCCAAAAGUGAAUUUAGACAACUAUUCCGUAGUCCCAACCGAUGAUACGCAUGAGGAUUUAAUAGAUGCUGGUGACGAUGAUGAAGAUGAUGAGAACUUGAAUGACGAGGACGAGGACGACGAAGACAUUUUAAAAUUAAGUAGCUUAACUACUUCACAGCCACUUUGGGUGUUACCACUUUAUUCUUUGUUACCUAGUAAAAAGCAAGCACGGGUAUUUGAACCUCCACCGGAAGGCUGUCGCUUGUGUGUAGUAUCAACUAAUGUGGCUGAAACAUCCUUAACAAUUCCCAAUGUUAAGUAUGUGGUAGAUAGUGGUCGUUGUAAAAGUCGACUAUACGACAAAGUCACUGGAGUAACAACCUUCCGGGUUUGUUAUACUAGCAAGGCAGCAGCUAAUCAAAGAGCCGGAAGAGCAGGAAGAACUGGCCCUGGUCAUUGCUACAAGUUGUACUCCUCAGCAGUAUUCAACGAUCAGUUUGAACAAUUUGGUGUACCGGAAAUACAACGAAAACCAGUAGAUGAUUUACUGCUACAAAUGAAAGUCAUGAAUAUUGACAAAGUUGUUAAUUUUCCGUUUCCAUCGUCACCGGAUAUAUUGCAAUUAAAAUCAGCAGAAAGGCGACUGUGCAUUCUUGGUGCUUUGGAACAACCUGUACCUUCCAAGGAAGAUGCCUACUGUGCAAAAGUCACGAGUCUUGGUCACAGUAUAGCUGCGUUUCCCGUAGCACCACGUUAUGGAAAGAUGCUGGCUCUUUCUCAGCAACAUGAUCUCUUGAGAUAUACUGUGUGUCUAGUAGCGGCAUUGUCGGUCCAAGAAGUCUUGGUGGAAGCUGUAAGUACGGAAGGAUCAACCAAGACAAAAUGGUUGCAGACUCGUCGUCGUUGGGCCGGAAUGGGCAACAGUUUACUCCUGGGUGAUCUUAUGGUCCUGAUACGGGCUGUGGGUGCUGCAGAAUUUGCAGGAUCGAGAGGGAAGCUUUUGAACUUUUGCGAGGAGCAUGGUUUAAGACACAAAGCCAUAACUGAAGUAAGAAAGUUGAGGCAACAACUUACUAAUGAAAUAAUCUUAAACCUUCCGGAUUUACAACUAAUAGUUGAUCCUGAAAUGCCUCCACCAACCGAAAUAGAGGCUAAACUUCUACGGCAAAUAGUAUUGGCCGGAAUGGGAGAUCAGGUAGCACAUAAAUUAUCACCAGAUGAAGUGGAAGAUGGUGAAGAUAAGACAAAAUACAAGCACGCAUAUAAGACAUUGGAAAUGGAAGAUCCUGUAUUUAUGCAUUCCUCGAGUGUUCUCCGAAAAACCAGUCCUGAAUGGGUUGUGUAUCAAGAAGUGUACGAAACAAAUAAAAUUUAUAUGCGUGGUGUCACCGCUAUUGAGCCAGAAUGGCUACCAAAAUUCGCAGCCUCUUUGUGCAAACUUAGUGAACCUCUGACAGAUCCACCGCCGAGGUAUGAUAAUGAAAUGGGAAAAGUUAUGUGUCGUAUGACUGGAACUUUUGGCAAAGCAGGGUGGGAACUUCCUGCUAUGGAAUUGGAGUAUCCUGCUAGUCUUGACGGUAUCAGAUGGUUUGCUAGGUUUCUUUUGGAAGGUGCAGUUUGUCCUAAACUACGACGUUUCGUACUAUCGUUAUUGUCAACGCCAAGCAGCGUCAACAAAUCAUGGGCUAAGUUGUUGCCACGUACAGAAACUAUUACUAAGGUUCUUGCAUCGAAAGGAGUUAUGUCGAAGGACAAAUUGUAUGAAGUCUGGGAAGAGGACAGUAAAUUUCUUCUCUCUGCAUAUCAGAAAUGGUUGCCAGAAUCUGCACACAGUGAAGUCGCUCUUCUUUGGCCACCAUUGUAAAUAGUCCAUAGAAGGUAUGUUUUAUAGGUAUUUUAAAAUUGUAUCAAUUUCAAUGAAGACAAGAGAGUGACACGUUGACGGAAGAAAAUCUUGGAUAUGACAAGAAUUUGUGUGAAUUGUAAUUUUCUCUAUAUUCACAAUAUACAUAAGAAGUUGUAUAUUGUUGUCA